CCAGCCGGUCCCGCCGCCCGCGUCCCCGCCGCCGCCGCAGCGCCGCCCGCAGCAUGUCUCGGAGGAAGAUCUCGUCCGAGUCCUUCAGCUCCCUGGGCUCCGACUACCUGGAGACCAGCCCCGAGGACGAGGGCGACUGCCCCCUGUCCCGGCUCUGCUGGAACGGCAGCCGGAGCCCGCCCGGGCCGCCCGAGCCCCGCGCGGCCGCCGCCGUCGCCCCGGCCCCGGCCGCCGCCGCCGCCUCCGCCGCCGCCGCCGCCGCCACGGCCACGGCCACGGCCACGGCCACGGCCCGGAGGGCGCAGCGCCGGAGGCGGGUCAACCUGGACUCGCUGGGCGAGAGCAUCAGCCGCCUGACGGCGCCCUCGCCUCAGACAAUACAGCAGACUCUCCAGAGAACACUGCAGUAUUAUGAGCACCAAGUUAUUGGUUACAGGGACGCAGAAAGGAAUUUCCACAAUAUCUCUAACAGAUGCUCCUAUGCAGACCAUUCCAACAAAGAGGAAAUUGAAGACGUCUCAGGAAUCCUUCAGUGCACUGCUAACAUACUCGGUUUGAAGUUUGAGGAAAUUCAAGAAAGAUUUGGUGAGGAGUUCUUUAAUAUAUGCUUUGAUGAGAAUGAGAGAGUCCUUCGAGCUGUAGGCGGCACAUUGCAGGACUUUUUUAACGGCUUCGAUGCGCUGUUGGAACACAUUAGAACUUCUUUUGGGAAACAGGCCACGCUGGAGUCGCCGUCCUUCCUAUGCAAGGAGCUCGCAGAAGAUGCCCUUCUGCUUCACUACUUCCAUCCUCACCACGUCGUGGGCUUUGCGAUGCUGGGCAUGAUCAAGGCUGCGGGAAAGAAGAUCUACCGGCUGGAUGUGGACGUGGAGCAAGUGGCCAGUGAGAAACUGUGCUCUGAUGGCUCCAACCCGGGCAACUGUAGCUGUCUCACCUUCCUCAUCAAAGAAUGUGACAAUACUAACGCCACAAAGAACCUCCCCCGGGGAGCCUCCCGAGACCCUGCGGACCUCAGAAUCAGCAUCAGCACUUUCUGCAGGGCCUUCCCUUUCCACUUGAUGUUCGACGCCCACAUGUCCGUCCUGCAGCUGGGGGAAGGCCUGCGGAAACAGCUGCGGUGCGACACCCACAAAGUGCUCAAGUUUGAGGACUGCUUCGAGAUCGUGUCUCCAAAGGUCAGUGCCGCCUUCGAGAGGGUCCUGCUGCGACUGUCCACCCCGUUUGUGAUCAGGACCAAGCCUGAGGCUUCCGGCGCUGAAAAUAAAGACAAGGUGAUGGAAGUCAAAGGACAGAUGAUCCACGUCCCAGAAUCAAAUUCCAUCCUGUUCUUGGGCUCUCCGUGUGUGGACAAGCUGGAUGAGCUCAUGGGCCGGGGUCUGCAUCUCUCAGACAUCCCUAUCCACGAUGCUACCCGAGAUGUCAUUCUGGUGGGCGAGCAGGCCAAGGCCCAAGACGGCUUGAAGAAGAGGAUGGACAAACUAAAGGCGACCUUGGAAAGAACUCACCAGGCCCUGGAAGAAGAGAAAAAGAAAACCGUGGAUCUUCUGUACUCGAUCUUCCCCGGUGAUGUCGCCCAGCAGCUGUGGCAAGGGCAGCAGGUACAGGCCAGGAAGUUCGAUGACGUCACCAUGCUCUUUUCAGACAUCGUCGGCUUCACGGCCAUCUGUGCCCAGUGCACCCCCAUGCAGGUGAUCAGCAUGCUGAACGAACUAUACACCAGAUUUGAUCACCAGUGUGGCUUUUUGGAUAUUUAUAAGGUGGAAACAAUAGGUGAUGCGUACUGUGUUGCUGCAGGGCUCCACAGGAAAAGCCUUUGCCACGCUAAGCCCAUUGCUCUGAUGGCCCUGAAGAUGAUGGAACUUUCAGAAGAGGUGCUGACGCCUGAUGGAAGACCAAUUCAGAUGAGGAUAGGCAUUCACUCAGGCUCUGUGCUCGCUGGCGUUGUUGGGGUAAGAAUGCCACGAUAUUGCCUGUUUGGAAAUAAUGUCACCCUGGCAAGUAAAUUCGAAUCAGGAAGUCACCCUCGGCGCAUCAACGUCAGCCCUACCACUUACCAAUUAUUAAAACGGGAAGAAAGUUUCACAUUCAUUCCUCGGUCCCGUGAAGAGCUUCCAGAUAACUUUCCAAAGGAAAUCCCAGGGAUCUGCUAUUUCCUGGAGGUAAGGACUGGUCCUAAGCAGCCAAAGCCUUCUCUUUCUUCAUCGAGAAUCAAGAAAGUUUCCUACAACAUCGGCACCAUGUUCCUCCGGGAAACAAGCCUCUGAGAUCUUCAGCAGAUCAAAGACUUCUCCACAAAGCACAAGCCCAGAACAUGGGUCAUGAAGGGAGAGUGGAAAGAGAUUGUUUCUCUUCUACUGAUUUGCUGAGAGCAAGCAGCAGAAUUUCUGUGUUGUUAGGCAAUAAUCCUAGAAAAAGGUGGGUGAUGACUGUCAAUAAAAAAAAUGGGGGGGAAUAAGAAGUGUCCAUCCAUAUGAAUGCUUUUGGUCAUAUAUAUAUUUUAAUCACAAGUAUGGGCCCCCUUUCAAAACCAAACAAUUAAUAGAUUCCAUGUUUUCUUGUUUGUCACACAUACAGGUAUCUUUCCCUAUAUAUUUGUAUCACUUUUGAGAGCCAGUUUUGACGAUCAGUUCCUACAUUUAGUGAGAUGGUAUGUGGGGGAUAUUUUCUAAUUUUGUUUUCCUGAACAGACAUUUCAUAUGUACAUCAUAGCACUAUGGUCUCCUUCCCAGCAGGAAGAAUUGUAACUCUGCAAAACCUUUUAGGGAUAUUACCUAUUUUUAUACAUCUCUCUUCUUCUGGAUAAUUC